AGCAUUGUUGGGCAUCUCCAGUGCUCGACAGCUUCGACGGCCAAUGACGAGGUUAAAACCGCCUGCUUCCGUAGUGACGCGGCCACCGCAGGUAGGCUAGCUCCCUCCCUCCCCUCUCCUCUCUACAACCCCCUCCGAAGCGAGUAGUGAGUGACAAGGAAAGUAAAGGGCUCGGCGUUCGAGCAGAGCUGUUUCCGGGGCUCAUCCUGUGCUGACUGCAGAUGCCGUAUCCCCUCCCCGCACCUGUAUGUCUGCUGCAGUGAGACGCUUUUGCCGACAGGAUAUUAUAUAAAAGGGGCAGCAGUAGUCCUUGGCAGCCGUUUAUCAAUGUCGUGCCUCGUGUGUCCUUAGCAAACCCUCCUUCUCCCCACCCCCCUCCCCUUCGACCAAGACCAUCUGUUCGAGAGCUCAUCACCACCUCCGCUCCCUCUCUCCAGCUCGACAAUGACAACCAAAGUCCGUGUCGGCGCCGUCCAGGCGGAGCCGGUGUGGCUCGACCUUAAUGGAAGCGUAGAUAAGACCAUCUCCUUGAUCGAGGCCGCCGCCGCAGACGGCGUACAGGUACUUGGAUUCCCCGAGGUCUGGAUCCCGGGAUACCCAUGGUCUAUCUGGACCUCGAGCGUCAUCGACAACACCCACAUCAUCCACGACUACAUGGCCAACUCGAUGCCUCGAGACUCGGCUCAUAUGGAGCGCAUCCUUGCCGCGGUAAGGAAGGCAGGCAUGUUUGUGGUCCUCGGAUACAGCGAGCGAGACGGCGCGAGCCUUUACAUGGCCCAGUCCUUCAUCUCUCCGGCCGGAGAGAUAGUCCAUCACCGACGAAAGAUAAAACCUACCCAUGUAGAACGCACGAUCUGGGGCGAGGGUCAGGCCGAGUCGCUCAAGUGCGUCGUGCCGUCACAGUUUGGCAAGAUCGGCGGCUUGAACUGCUGGGAACAUCUGCAACCUUUGCUUCGUUACUAUGAGUAUUCGCAGGGAGUUCAAAUACACGUCGCUAGCUGGCCCGCAGAAUUUGAGAUGCCCGACCCUGCAAAAAUAAAGUGGCUAUACCACGAAACAGGUGAAGCGAGCUACCGAGCCAGUCAGUUCAUGGCCAUAGAAGGGCAGUGCUUCGUCCUGGUUGCGUCGCAAAUCCUAACCGAGAAGAACUUGGAGAAGAAUAACCUUUCCGGUAAUCCUGUAACAAAGACGCCUGGCGGUGGGUUCUCCAUGAUCUUCGGGCCCGACGGCAAGCCGCUCUGUGAACCCAUCGACGCCGGCGAGGAAGGUAUCCUGACAGCGGAUGUCGACUUGCGGGACAUCGACUACCCGAAAGCAUUCAUCGACGUCGUCGGUCAUUACGCAAGGCCGGAUUUGCUCAGCCUGCUCGUCAACCCCACUAAGGAUGAACACGUGAAGAAAAUGGCAAAGUAG